AUGUCAUCGGCCUACUAUAUUGGACCCUUCGGGCGUAUGUUACCUGUUGCCGAUGGGCCCGCGGAGCAAGAACCGGAUCGUCCAGCUAACCUAUCAGUUUCGGGAUCCCAUCCAUACCAACUUCCACCUCCUCGCACUUCAGCACCAUUACAGUUUGGAACAGACCCAUUUCUGCGUCCACGAAACCGGGGCGAACGGGUCGACGAGGAAGAGGGCCCUUCCGGCUACUCUAGGAAUUCUAGGUAUCAACAGCCACAGCCGAGCGAGCAACUUCCCUCAGUCAGCCAGCUUCUUACGCCCGCCGCGCAAUCAAGCCGGUCGCCGUCACCCUAUAACCCAAGGGCUUUCGGAAUCUACUUGGCACCAAAUGACGGUAGAGAGUCCCCCGAGCGAUUACGCUAUAAUGGAACAAGCACACCCCGACCGCAGGCGCGUGCAGCAGGCCUUUACGAGAACUCUAAAACACAUUCCGAUCUGAUAACCUCGCCACAGUCUCAGAAUCUACCUCCUAUAUCCCACAUCUCUACGCACGCGGGUGGCAACGAUGUUUCUAGGUACUUAGGCAAUAACUCGAACUCAUUUCAACCCAGACAGCCUGCUGGUUUCCAUGGUUAUAAUGAGGAAUCCAACGAUAGGAACACCGCGGCAAUCCCUUCAUCCAGUCCAGCCGAGUCGACCCACCUCACUGCUACUGGUAAAUCAGCAAAGCCUCAAGUACGCCUGCACGUCGUCGAUGAACGAUACAUUGAAGGUGAAGGUCUUUGUUACAUAUACGCCGAUGGAUCACAUUGCCCUAAAAUAGUUGAUGGCAUGCCGGUUAACGCCAAUUGGGGCAUUACGAAAGCGGGCAAGCCACGAAAACGACUAGCUCAGGCAUGCCUUACAUGUCGCGAAAAGAAGAUAAAGUGCCAUCCAAACCUGCCGAAGUGCGACCAGUGCCAGAAGUCUGGGAGGGAGUGCAGAUUCGAGAGUGCGCCUCGUGGUCACCGCGCAGCAUCCAGGGCGACGCAGUUUACAAAGAAAUACGAUACAAGAGAUAAUGCUGCAGUGGGGAAUCCUAACAAUGCAGGUACCUCCAGUUCACUAUAUUCUGUUGCAAGAGCUUCAGGAAGCUCUACCUCUCUCCCAGGAACCAAUUCGCAGUCUCCCCUAUCUGAUGAUUCCAUGCUUACGCCUUCUGCUGUGGAUAGCAACCUUGAGAACACCACGGAUCUCGACCAUCGUUAUGCAGCAAGGCUGCAACAGCCUCCUGUCGGACAUGGACAUUUUUCGCGCCAUUCUAUGAGCAGCGCCGCCAGUUCAGCUUCCACUGACUACGCGGAAAUAUUGACGGAGAUCAAGGACCUAGACGCCCAUGAUCCGCUGGCUGCUGACUGGAAAGCAGGCCCUUAUGCUAUCGAUCCAGAAUCCGCAAGCCAUUAUACCGAAAUGUACUUCUCAUGCGUGAACGACCGCUUAUACUAUAUGUUUCCUAGGAGACGGUUUCUUCUCUGGCUCAAAUCAUGCCAUACAAAGUCUCUUGCUGAUAACAUGCUUCUUUACUGCAUGAUGUCUCUGGGUUCUGUCUUCUCGGACCGCCCUGACAAGAUGGCAGCGAUGAAGAGGUUCUCCCGCACUGCGAGAUAUGCACUCGAGCAUAGCCAGCACAAUCUUUCCUUGCAGCUUGCUCAAAGCCGUAUCAUAAUCAGCCUCUGGUACUAUGCGGUUGGUGCACUCGUGAAAUCCUGGGAUGCUGCAGGCGCCGCAGUGCGAACACGCCUAUCAUGCUUCUACGCCCCGUCAACAACCUUCAUCUCCUCCCAAACCGCUUUCCUUCGCCUCCCCUGCCGCGAAAAAAUUUACGAAGCCCAGGAAUACACCACAGUUCCAUUUUUCCAAACCUUCCUGAACCAAGUUCCAUCGCAAACCCACGAACUCUCCAACCUAAGCUCCAUGGCCCUCCUCAUCGACGUAAUCUCAAUAUGGGGCGACGUCUCCGACCACGUCUUCCGUCUAUCCUUGAUUCCCGCAGACUCUUACAACAAGCUAUUCGAGGACUUCUACAGCACCAUCGUCCACCGCUCAGACCAGUGGCUCUCGCGACUCCCAACGUACCUAACCUUCACAGCCGCGAACCUAGAGCGCAGUAUCCAAGCCGGCAAAGCCGACCCCUUCAUCUCCAUCCAUCUUUUGUACCACGCCGCCCUCCUAAAACUUAAUCGGUACGCUCGCGCGACCCUUCUCAGACCGGGCAUGGCAAGGCAGUACGUCCACACAGCCCGCAACCACGCGGCCGAGAUCCUACGCACCGCCCUCGCGCUCGAACGCUACGCCUUCGAUCCCAACGUCUCGCCCUUAACAACGGAGCCAAUAUCGAAGAUAGGAUCGCCCUUCAUCGACCCUUUCGUAGGCUACGUGGUCCUCUCCGCAAUCGACGUCCUCAGCGCCGGCGGGCUUAUCGCCGAUCUCCCCGAGUGCAUCAACCUGAUCCGCGGCGGCCUCGAUCUCGUGCGUGAACUCAGCUGCUGUUGGGGCAGCACAAAGCCGCUCGUGUCGCUUAUUGAGGCGCGGAUCGAGGCGUUGAUCGAGGCUCAUCAUGCCGUGGGUUAUCAGCAGGGGAAGGUGGCCUUCCUCUUAGAUGGGCCGUCGCUGGACAGUCAGGUGCAGAACGGUGUACAGAAGCAAGAUUCAUCUGGUAAUGAAGAUUUGCUGUAUGGGGGGUUGCCGCGUGAGCAGCUGUUUCUGGCGUUCGGGGUCGUGGAUGUGUCGUUUUCGUUGGGUAAUGUGGUUUGGGUGAGGGGGGCUUGA